AUGGCCGGGUACCUCCUCUCCAAGCUCGGCUUCGACCUGAAGAAUCAAGCAGAUAACCACGACCCUGGCAACAACGACGACCGCCCCCCUCCCCUCCCGCAACUCCACAUCUCCACCGAGGACCACUUCCCCCCUUCCACGCAAGGGACCUACCCCCGUCUGUGCCAGCUAUCCGACGGCUCCCUCCUCAAGAGCUACACCACCUUUGGCCCUGACGGGGAGAGAGUCCUGGUUGUAUCACGCAGCGUUGACCAAGCUCGUUCGUUCGAAGUCGUGGGGGAAAUCACCCGGUCCCACGGCGACUGCGACAACUGUUUUCUUGCUGAGCUGGAGCCGGGGGUUGUGUUGGCUGCUUUUAGGAACCAUGAUUUGAGCGGUGAAGAUGGUAAUAAGCCGACCUGGUUCCGGAUUACGGUUUGUCGAUCUCGGGAUGGGGGGAGGAUUUGGGAGUAUUUGAGCCAGGCGGUGGAGAAGGGGGGCUCGGAUGGGGUGUGGGAGCCGUUUAUAAGGAUUCCUGUAGGGAGGCGAGAGGAGGUGCAGUUGUAUUAUUCGGCCGAGGCGGAGCAGGGGCAGAGGCAGGACACGAUGGUGGUUGUUAGUGGGGAUGGCGGGGAGACGUGGUCGGAGCCGAGGAGGAUUACGGGGGAGGAGGGGUUGAGAGAUGGGAUGGUGGGAGUUGCCGAUAUGAAGGAUGCAGUUUCUGGCAAAGAGGCGCUGGUAAUGGUGUUGGAGACCACAAGGUGUGGGCCUGGGAGGUUUAGCAUUGAGGCGGUGGUUUCGUACGACGAGGGACUGAGCUGGGCGUCAAGGCAAGAGGUGUACAAGCCAUCUGGAGAGGGCAAAAAUGCCGGGGCACCGCAGAUUGGGACUCUGGCUGGUGGGGAGGGAGUGGCGGUGGUAUUUAUGACAGAUGAGGAUGGGAACGAAGGGGUAUGGCCUUCUGGGGCCAAGAUCAAGACUGUUUUGGGGGUUGGGUUGGGGAAUGGAGUGAUCAACUGGAGUCGGGAGGCUGAUACUGUUUUCGAGGAGGGGAGUUCAUGGCCAGGGAUUCUGGGAGUCGGUCACGGGGAGGCGCUGGUGGUCUGCGAGACGAGGAGCAGAAUUGGGGGUAGGCUGUUGAGCUUGGAUCUCUGA